GGUGAACACAACACAGCACCACAGAUACUAGCCUACAGUGAGCGACUCAGCUGAAGACACAGUCAAAUAUGAAGUGCUGAAGCAGGUACUCACUCUAUCUGCUGGUCAGCAUGUUGAAUAAAUGCAUAAACUUCGGAGCCUCUCUGUAGCCCGACUGGCUGAAGUUUUCAACAGAUUGUCGAAAAGACUAAAGAGCACCGGAGGAAGACCAGCAGCUCCACUGGGUUCAAGGAUUCUGACCAAUCAUGACGACAUCUUUAAGCACAACAUGUGGGAUCAUGUCCAGUGGACAGAGGAGGACAAGGAAAAUGCAUGGCAGAAAGCACAAGAAAAUUCCAGUGUACAAAUUCCUUUAAAGGAACAAGGUAAAUUUGACACAGAAGCUUGCCAAUAUUGGGACACGUUUUAUGAGACGCACCAGGAUAAAUUCUUCAAAGAUCGCAAGUGGCUGUUUUUAGAGUUCCCAGAACUGCUUCCUUCAGAUGCACAAAGCAGAGCCACAAACAGGUGUCAAGAUGAUGAGCGGGCAGAAUAUCCACUGAGUGGGUCCGACAGGGAUGCCAGACAGCAACACAGCUGCCACACACACCGUCACAGGAAAACAGACGCUACCGAUUGUCAAGAGUCCUGUCAGAUGUCUUUCCCAGGACAGCAUGCAUCUUUCAGGAUCUUGGAGGUUGGAUGUGGGGUUGGUAACAGUGUAUUUCCCAUUGUUGACUCCAUCAAAGAAACUGGUGCAUUUUUAUACUGUUGUGACUUCUCCCCGCGUGCUAUUCAGCUGGUAAAGGAUCAUCCAGACUACGAUGGCUCUGUAUGCCAUGCCUUUGUCCAUGACAUUUGCAAAGAGAUGGCCUCCUUUCCCUUUCCUCCUCAGAGCCUGGAUGUUAUUAUGGCUGUCUUUGUACUGUCCUCCAUUCAUCCGGAGCGAAUGCAAGGAGUCGUAAACCAGCUAUCUACAUACCUGAAACAUGGAGGGAUAUUCCUUUUCCGUGAUUAUGGGAGAUAUGACUUCUCACAACUCCGGUUUAAAAAGGGACGAUGUUUAUCAGAGAAUUUCUACACACGUGGAGAUGGAACCUGUGUUUAUUUUUUCACAAAAGAGGAGGUUCAUGAUUUAUUUUCCAACGCUGGACUUGAAGAAAUUCAAAAUCUGGAGGACAGACGACUACAAGUUAACAGAGGAAAGAGAGUUACAAUGCACCGGGUAUGGAUGCAGAGCAAGUACAGGAAACCUUAACACACCACCACAGGAUCAUUUGGUUAGCUAUUUGUCUUUU